GGCCCAGUCAUUUGCAGAGCGGUUGCGUCUGGGUAUUGCAGUGAUCCAUGGAGAGGCUCAGGAUGCAGAGUCAGACCUGGUGGAUGGAAGACACUCCCCUCCUACUGUCAAGAUACCACUGUUGAUCCCUAAAGAGAAGCCUCCCAUCACAGUGGUAGGAGACGUAGGAGGACGCAUCGCCAUCAUAGUGGAUGACAUCAUCGAUGACGUGGACAGUUUCGUGGCGGCUGCGCAGACGUUGAAGAAGCACGGAGCGUACAAGAUAUUCGUCAUGGCGACGCACGGCAUCCUCUCCUCCGAUGCACCGAAACUCAUAGAGGAAUCUGCCAUCGACAAGGUGGUGGUAACCAACACUAUUCCUCAUGAGCAUCAGAAGCUGCAGUGUAUUAAGAUCCAGACGGUGGACAUCAGCCUGAUCCUCUCUGAAGCCAUCAGACGAAUCUACAACGGAGAGAGCAUGUCCUACCUGUUCAGACACAUCGGACUGGAGGACUGAACACACACACCCACACAGUAAUAACAUAAUGUUACAAUAAUAAUGUUACAAUAAUAACAUAAUGCUA